GGUCGGUAAAUAUUGGUGACGUCACGCCGCCAAGAUGGCGGAAGGGGAGGACGCGGGCUGGUGGCGGAGCUGGCUGCAGCAGAGUUACCAGGCCGUUAAGGAGAAGUCCACAGAAGCUUUAGAAUUCAUGAAACGGGACCUGGCUGAGUUCACUCAAGUUGUGCAGCAUGAUACAGCCUGCACGAUCGCUGCUACGGCCAGCGUGGUCAAGGACAAACUGGCAAGGACAGAAGCUUCUGGUGCAACUGAAAAGGUGAGGAAGGGGAUCUCUGACUUCCUGGGUGUCAUCUCAGACACUUUUGCUCCUUCACCAGACAAGACCAUCGACUGCGAUGUCAUAACGCUGAUGGCAACACCCACGGGUACCACAGAGCCCUAUGACAGUGCGAAGGCUCGCCUCUACAGCCUCCAGUCAGACCCAGCCACCUACUGCAACGAACCUGACGGCCCUGCUGAGCUUCUUGAAGCCUGGCUCUCCCAGUUUAGCCUGGAAGAGAAGAAAGGGGAGAUCGCAGAACUGCUGGCAACCAGCCCUUCCAUCCGGGCUCUCUACACUAAAAUGGUCCCUGCGGCUGUCUCCCACUUGGAGUUCUGGCAGCGCUACUUCUACAAAGUGCAUCGCCUGGAGCAGGAUGAAGUCCGGAGGGAGGCCCUGAAGCAGCGCGCGGAGCAGAGCAUUCACCAAGAGGAACCAGGCUGGGAAGAGGAUGAAGAGGAGUUCUUGGGGAUGUCACCCCUGCCUUGUGCGAACGUGAAAUUUCCACAAGCAGCAGAGAAAGCAUCUGCUCCUGCAGCCCUGGAGGGGAGCCACCCCUCUGUUCACAAGGGACCCUCGGAGGAAAGCUGGGCCAUCCUCCCUCCUGAGCUGGCCCCAGCAGAGGGGAGCCCCUCUGAGAGCAGCGAGAGCGUUUCCCUCGUGACUCAGAUUGCAAACCCUGCCUCUGUGCCUGCCGUGCAGCUACAGACUGGAGUGCAGCCAUCUGGGGACAGAGUGCUCUCCCAGAGGCUGCUGGAGGCCACCUCAGAGGAGCAGAACCCGCUGCCAAAGCCCCCCGAACCGGGGCGUCCCUCUGUGCAGCAGCCAGCAGCACGCUCAGAGCAGCCGGCUGUGAGUGGGGCCAAGGAGGUGGAGAGCAAAGCCCAAGGCAGGACAGAGACUCUGAAAGAGGAAGGACCAGCAGAUCUACGGAUCUUUGAGCUGAACUCUGACAGUGGGAAGUCCACCCCUUCCAACAACGGCAAGAAAGGUUCCAGCACGGAUAUCAGCGAGGACUGGGAGAAGGACUUUGAUUUGGAUAUGACUGAAGAGGAGGUGCAGCUGGCGUUGUCGAAAGUGGAGGUGUCUGGGGAGCUGGAAGAUGAAGAGUGGGAAGACUGGGAAUAAAGCAACGGCUUCCAGCUUAUCACAGGCUCAUUUCCACCAUCGAAUGUGAAUUAAAUCACGGACCGGCUAUUCCUUUGUGUGUAACUGUGCUGGGGAUUGCAGCUCCUGGCUGAAGGAGUUUUACUCCUGCUAAAUCCUGUGGGCAACUCAAACGACCCCUUCAGACCCAGAGGAGGGGGGAAGAAGUGGGAAUUUGCUCGUACACUUUAAGCUGCUGGGGAGCUCAUCUUCUGAGGAGGUCCGAGAGAGUGGCGAGGCCAAAACUGACAGCCCCAAAAGCGUCAGGUGGAGGCAGAUGCAAUGCAGUGAGGGGCUGAGUGGGCACUUGGGCAGCUGGCAGGAUUGCUCGGUGCUGUCAGGCUGCCUGUUGGGUGAUGGUGUGUGUGUGUGUGUGUUUAAUCUGUGUGCAGCAGCUCAGAGGUUCCCAGGUGCUGCUCCUGCUCGCUCUCUGAGCUGCUGGCCCAUCGCCCCCGUUGUGGGGAGCAGCUGGGGCUGGAGGUACUGCAGCAGAAGUGUCCUGUCUGCUGUCACACUCACUGCUGCAAAGGAAAGCAGUUGGCUUUUGGCUUUGGCCUGAAGCUGGGCCGCGCUGGAAGGAGCUAAACUCCCUGCCAAACCCUUAGCUUCUGCCUGGCUUUUUGUCUUGGAAGCUUCUUCUAAUGGAAACUCCUGUCUCCUGCAGCAAGAGCAAUGGCUCCUCUAAGAGCCAAGGCUUGAUGUUGUGCUCUUUGCAGCUAAAACAGCUGCACUGCCUUUCUCUACUGCGUUUUGUGUACUUCUAUUAAACUCUCCAAGCAGA